UAUCCAGAUGAUAUUCGUUUCCGGGUGCACUUUCUAUCGCAAUCCGGUUUCUUGCGGUUCGGAAUAAGGACCGGGGGCGGGGGCCUACAAGAAAGCCCCAAAACCCAACAGGUUUUUCAAGCGAAUUUUUAGGUGGUCUUCACUCCGAUUGCAUAUGCCACGGGCCCGCGUGGGUGCAUUGCACCGCGCUCAACCGUGGCGCGAUUCUGACUGAGUUAGCAUAGUAGCUAACAAAAUGUAUUUAUACUCCACCCAUCUCCAACCGGCUGAAGCGACUAGUCAAUACCCCAUAGUUAGGAGUGAGCUGUAAAACCCAACUUCUCUAUUGGACUUUCUCCGUUCAAUUCCUCCCCAUCCACCCCGCUGGAAGAUUGUUGCAUUGGGAGGGCCAUAACAUGAAGAGUGUACUCGGGUAGGAACCCAGUUUUGGAUUCUGGAUUUAAGGCCCACGAAGGGGUUGGGGGUUUAAACCACAAUCAUUUGAUCCCUAAACCCGCCAUGCCUGGCUUCUCGGUCAGUGUUUUGGUCACUUUUAAUAAACAUGCUUGCCUUUUAUUUUAUGUAAAUAGUGGCAGUUCUUGAAUUGGACUUUCUACCUCAACACUCCAUUUUCAUUCUCCUCCCAGACGUCUUAACACUAGCAGUAUCUGACCGCCCUCGUCUCCCCUUAUCCAUCAUCAACCUCGGUGCGCAGCGCACUGUGGUCAUCUCUCGCGGGGGGAAAUAUAAGAAAAUAGGAACCACCUUACUCGGACAAAGCGAGGCUCCGACAAGAGAACGGUGAUCUGUGUUCCCUUUCCAAGUAGCAAACGAGCUCUGUGGCAAUCGAAUCCUCAAAACAGACCGGGCUCCGGUGCUCGCCAUGCCCGGCCCAGCGGCCGGCAGUAAAUCUCGGGUGUAUGCCGAUGUCAACACGUUGAAGAGCAGGGAAUAUUGGGAUUACGAAACCCACGUGCCUAACUGGAGUAACCAGGAAGACUACCAGUUGGUGCGGAAGCUUGGCAGAGGGAAGUACAGUGAGGUCUUUGAGGCCAUCAACAACAAUGACAAGGUGGUUGUCAAGAUCCUCAAGCCUGUCAAGAAGAAGAAAAUCAAGCGUGAAAUCAAGAUCCUGGAGAAUUUGCGAGGUGGAGCCAACAUCAUCCGAUUGGUGGACACAGUGAAAGACCCUGUGUCCCGAACGCCUGCGCUUGUCUUUGAAUGCAUCAAUAACACAGAUUUUAAGGAGCUCUACCAGAAGUUAACAGAUUUUGAUAUCCGUUUUUACAUGUAUGAACUACUUAAGGCUCUGGACUACUGCCACAGUAUGGGGAUAAUGCACCGUGAUGUCAAGCCCCACAAUGUGAUGAUUGACCACCAGAUGAGGAAGCUACGUCUAAUAGACUGGGGCCUUGCAGAGUUCUACCAUCCUGCACAGGAAUACAACGUCAGAGUAGCAUCUCGCUACUUUAAGGGACCUGAGUUACUGGUGGAUUACCAGAUGUACGACUACAGUUUGGACAUGUGGAGUCUUGGCUGCAUGCUUGCCAGUAUGAUCUUUCAGAAAGAGCCCUUCUUCCAUGGCCAGGACAAUUAUGACCAGCUAGUCCGAAUUGCCAAAGUCCUGGGGACAGAUGAACUUUUUGGUUACCUGCGCAAAUACCACAUUGAACUGGACCCACGCUUCAAGGACCUUCUUGGCCAACAGACGCGGAAACGCUGGGAGCAAUUUGUCCAGACCGAGAACCAGCACCUGGUUAGCCCUGAGGCUCUGGACCUGCUGGAUAAGCUGCUGCGCUACGACCAUCAGCAGAGACUGACGGCCACAGAGGCCAUGGAGCACCCCUACUUCUAUCCUGUGCUGAAGGAACAGUCUCUCUCUAAUGCGGAUGGCAAUAUGGUGUCCAGUGGAUCCACUACGGCUCGAUGAAAGCAGGAGAACAUUUGUUACCUCGACUUUUUAGCUCUUUGUGGCAGAAACUUCUUCAAGUGUACAGUGACAAUGGAUCAGAGCGACACCAGACACACACCUUCUCUUUGUCAGUCUGAGGUUGACUUGCCCCAGUUACAUGUCAAGCAGCCAGACCAAUGAGCUUGGUGUCUCACUGCUGCCCCUGUCCUUCUCUGCCCCCUUCUCUUAUCACGAGGUAAACAGAAAAUGUUCAAAGACAAUAAAAAAAGGACCCUUCCCUGUCAUUACCCCCCUCCCCCUUUGGCCCCCCUCCCUCGUUUAACUAAGCAUGGAGAAUGAAAAGGAACGUGAGCCUGCCCCCCCCCCCCAUCAUUGGUCAGUCUGUCUGUUCAGUGUUCAGCCACUUGGCAGGCCUAUGCUCAGACUCCACACACUGUAGUACCAAAGUGUUAUGGUGGACCUUUUCUCUGCUUUAGGUAGAAUGAUAAUAUGAAUAAAAAUAAUACUUUUUUA